CAACUGGCAGCCUCUCCCCUCAAGAAGCGAGUUGAGGCUUCGAUUGUGUCUGUGUCAACGCACCAUUUAUUAUCUUCUUGCGGUGCAGUUGAGAUUCAUAUUAGAUUCAGGCGCAGUCCGUCGGAUUUUCUUUUUGUAAAAGACUCAUAGCUUUUCCAACUCCUAUCCUAGCUCCAUCGCUGUGGCCAGAUCGUAUCUGAGCUACGGUGUCCUGGACCUUGCGAGCCACCAGAGGCGGUAAAGCCUUGCGCUGCGAAUUCCCACCACACGCCGCCACCAACGUCCCUACUCUGCUCCGCCCCUUUGCACUAGCUGAAGGAUAACUUCACAUUUACCGAAGGAGCUGUUCGUUGAAACCAGCAGUUGUUCGUUGAUAAACGGCGCACUUUACCAUCUCGAACCGCCCCACCUCGCAACAUCUCCGACUCGUGCCGCGGCCGACUUUCACCUCUACUGCUGAUCUGUCCAACGAGCUCACGGCCGACACAAUGUCAGCCCAAGACCAAGGCUACGGCCAAUACCCGCCUGCGGGCCAGCAGUAUGAUCAGCAGCAACAACAGCCCUACCCGGAUCAACAAGGGUUCGAGGCUCAGCCAGGAGCACCCCCGCAAGCCGGUGCGCCGCCUGCUGCUGACGGAAGGAAGAAGAAGCGAAACUAUGCUGCCGGCGCAUUCGAUGUUGGAACUGGCGCAAACGUAGCUCCCGGUGCUGGCCCGCCUAUGCCCGGCCAGACUCCCCAGUAUGGCAUGCCUCCGGCGGGACAGCCGGCUUACGGGGGCUUUGCGCAACAGCCCGACCCGCAGGCGCCAGUAUAUGGCGAUCCCUCCCAGCAGCAGUACGGCGCACCUAUUGCCUCACCCGGCCAGCCGGGAGUCGGAGGUUACCAGGCACCUGAUCCCUACUAUACUGGCGGCGUUGGUGCGCCCGGCGCUCCCGCUGGCCCCGGAGGUGUUGCUGGCCUGACUUCAAAUCUUGCCGGCAUGCAGCUUGGUCCGGGACAGCCGGCCCAAGCUCCGGCCCAACAGCAAGCUCGACCAACACCACUGAACCAGCUUUACCCGACGGAUUUGUUGAAUCAGCCUUUCAACGUUUCAGAGCUCGAUCUUCCGCCCCCUCCCGUCAUACUUCCAAUGAACUCGAGCGUUACGUCGUCGCCCAUGGCAAACUGUCCGCCAAAGUACGUACGAUCGACGCUCAACGCUGUGCCUACGACGCACUCGCUGCUCAAGAAGUCAAAGUUGCCCUUUGCUUUGGUCAUCCAGCCCUACGCCGCUCUGCACGACCACGAUGAUAAUGUACCCCUAGUUCAGGACCAAGUCAUCUCUCGUUGCAGGAGAUGCCGUUCGUAUAUCAACCCGUUCGUCGUGUUCCUCGACCAGGGUCACAGGUGGCGAUGCAACAUGUGCAACCUCACCAACGACGUUCCCCAGGCAUUCGACUGGGACGCUGCUGAACAGAGGGCCGUCGACAGAUGGCAGCGCCACGAACUAAACCACGCCGUGGUGGAGUUUGUUGCCCCUCAGGAGUACAUGGUUCGCCCUCCGCAGCCCCUGGUUUACCUCUUCCUCUUCGACGUGAGCUACGCCGCAGUCUCCAGCGGUCUCCUCGCCACAAGUGCCAGGACCAUCUUGGACAGUCUUAACAGGAUUCCCAACGCGGACCGUCGCACGAGGCUGGGAUUCAUUGCGGUCGACUCUAGCCUGCAUUACUUCGCCGUACCCAAGGAUGGCGAUGAGAAUGCCGAGACUAGCAUGCUCGUUGUUAGUGACCUCGACGAGCCUUUCCUCCCUGUGCCUCAGGAGCUUCUGGUGCCUCUCACCGACAGCCGCCAGAGUAUCGAGAAUUUCCUCAGCAAACUCCCCGAGAUGUUCCAGAACACGACAAACAACGGAUCCUGCAUGGGCUCCGCCCUCAGGGCUGGCCACAAACUCAUUUCGCCAUUGGGAGGCAAGAUUGUCGUUCUCAGCGCAUCUCUACCCAAUGUCGGCUACGGCAAGCUUGACAUGAGAGAAGAUAAGAAGGUCUUGGGAACAUCCAAGGAGAACAGUCUGCUUCAGACAGCCAACAGCUUCUACAAGAGCUUUGCGGUUGACAGCUCCAAGAACCAAGUCUCGAUUGAUAUGUUCCUCUUUUCCUCUCAGUACCAGGACGUGGCUUCGUUGAGCAACCUCCCAAGGUACACGGGCGGUCAGACGUGGUUCUACCCAGGUUGGAAUGCAGGCCGGCCUGAGGAUGCCAUCAAAUUCGCCUCAGAGUUCAGUGACUACCUAUCGUCCGAGAUUGGCUUGGAGGCUGUGCUUCGUGUCCGUGCCACCACGGGUUUGCGCAUGAGCUCUUUCUACGGCAACUUUUUCAAUAGGAGCUCAGACCUAUGCGCUUUCCCGGCCUUCCCACGUGACCAGUGCUACGUUGUCGAGGUUGCCAUUGACGAGACACUGGGGAAGAACGUGGUCUGCAUGCAGACAGCCGUUCUACACACGACAUGCAAUGGCGAGCGUCGCAUUCGUGUUAUUACCCUCGCUCUACCCACUACGACAAACCUGGCUGAUGUGUACGCCUCGGCCGACCAAUGCGCCAUCACGACCUACUUCAGCCACAAGGCCGUUGAGAAGGCUCUCAGCAGCGGGCUGGAAGCGGCACGGGACUCUCUACAAAGCAAACUCAUCGAGCUCUUGCAGACGUUCAGAAAGGAACUGGCGGGCGGGAGCAUGGGUGGUGGCUUGCAGUUCCCGGCCAACCUUCGCGGCCUGCCCGCGCUUUUCCUUGGUCUGAUCAAGAACGUCGGUCUCCGCAAGUCUGCUCAGAUUCCUUCGGAUCUGCGGUCUGCUGCACUGUGCCUUCUAUCUACGCUGCCCCUGCCGCUUCUCGUUCAGUACAUCUACCCGCGACUUUACUCGCUACACGACAUGCCUGACAAUGCAGGCAUUCCCGACCCUGAGACGAGCCAAAUUGUACUGCCGCCGCCUUUGAACCUUUCGUCGGAGAGAUUCCAGCCCUUUGGCUUGUAUCUCAUCGACGACGGGCAAACGCAGUUCCUCUGGGUCGGCAGGGACGCAGUGCCCCAGCUGCUCAUCGACGUGUUCGGUGUUCAGGACCGCACACAGUUGCGUGUUGGCAAGGGCAGCGUGCCCGAGUUGGACAAUGACUUCAACGAACGGGUGCGCGCAGUUAUCUCCAAGAGCCGGGACUACAAGUCGCGCGGUGUUGGCAGCAUAACGGUGCCGCACCUGUACAUUGUUCGCGAAGAUGGCGAGCCGGCCCUCAAGCUCUGGGCUCAGACCCUGCUAGUUGAGGAUCGGGCGGACCAGGGCAUGAGCUACCAGCAAUGGAUGGGUACCUUGAGGGAGAAGGUAGUUCAGUAAGUUGAGGGCGGGUUGAUAAUGGAAAGGAGCUGGACUUUGUGGAAUGGGACGCCCCUUCGUGUAUAGAUGUGGUUAUUUAUAGCAGGAAAGGGAAGGAAAAUGGUGUUAAGACGGGUGAGAGAUGAGAGGUCAGAAUUACACGUUUGAAUGUCAUGCAUACGGAUUGAUUGCUCUUCAUCCUACAGACUUCGUGAUGAUUACGUUCUAGUGUUCACAAAGCUGGGCCCCGUAGAGAGUGAGUCAAUAUUCGCCACUAGUCAAAAUCAGGUCGAGCUAAAUACGGU